AUUCUUCAAUGUUAAUAUCAUGUUCUUAUGUUUUGAUUUUAUUGUCUGUUAGGUUUUAUAUGUACUAUUAGCACUCGUUCAUUUUGAUACAAUUGUUCUCAAAUCUAGGGUUUUGCGUUUAUGGAAAGAGAUUGUUGUAUUCGGUGUUAUUUUGUUAGGGGAGGAAUGUUAAAGUUAGUUAAUUGUUUUGUCUGUUUAGUUUGGUUUUAUAAAUAAGCUGGAUAUCAGAUUGUAUUAGUCAUUCAAGAAAUAAGAAAAAACUCCUACUUUUCUCUUUAGUUCUCUCUGUGAUUCUCUCUCUUUCUUUUCUGAAUUCCCUGAUUUCUCUUCCCCCUCAACUCAUCUUCUACAUUCUAUCAUCAUCAAUCUUCAUCACUGAAGAAUAUUCCGCAGUUGAGCUAGCCUCCUGCAACAUAUUUUUAUUUUGUUGUUCUUCGAGAAUUCGUUGGAGAAGCAGAUAAAUCUGAGCGAGAAGGGAAUGGACUAAAUUGAUGAGCUGUAGUUGUUGAAAUGUAUUGAUUAUUAACCAGUAAGAAAAUUUGUGGUUUUGAAGGGAUUUGGGAUUUGUUACCUUAGUAGGAGUACCAUGGUAUAUGAAUUUUGACAGGGGUAUCUGAAAUUAUUGUAUUUCCCUUUAAUAGACUCUACUAGAUAAAAGGCAGCUCUUCAACUGUUGACGAGGGUUUGGACGGUUAUGCUAUCUUUUCUUCUUCUCCUGAAAUCCCCUGCAGUUGAUGAUAAGUCGAGAUUCUAAAACUAUGAAAUGUCGUACUCAAGACGCGAUGUUCACUCACCAUCACCAUACAGACGUUAUGGUCGUUCUUUCUCGAGGUCCUUGUCAAGAUCAAGUUCGUUGUCAAGGAGUCGAUCAAGGAGCCUUGAGAGCAGUGUAGAGAAUCCAGGAAAUAACCUGUAUGUGACUGGAUUGUCAACACGUGUCACCAGGAAAGAGCUUGAGAAACACUUCUCGAGUGAGGGAAAGGUGGAAGACGUCCACCUCGUAACCGAUCCAUGGACCAAAGAAUCACGGGGUUUUGGCUUUGUGACCAUGUCCUCUCUCGAGGAGGCAGAUCGUUGUAUCAAGUAUCUUAACCGCUCUGUACUUGAAGGGCGUGUCAUCAUGGUUGAGAAGGCCCGAAGGAGGAGAGGCCGUACACCAACUCCAGGAAAAUACCUGGGGCUAAGGACAUCUCGCAGUCGUCACCGCUCUCCUACUUAUUCACCUUACAGUAGGAGACAUUCAUCUCGUUGUUCGUCUGAUAGGGAGAGGUCCUACUCCCCCUACCCCAGACGAGAUAGAUCGUAUUCUCCCUACUAUAGCCGUCGGAGUCGGCAUGCACGGUCGAGGUCUCGCUCUCCAUACUAUAGGAGAUCACCUAUCAGCAGACGACGAUAUGAUUAUUCUCCCUCUCCUGAAGAAAGGUACUACAGAAGAAGGGACCGGAGUCUUUCCCGAAGCUGUUCACCAAGGGGAAGAAGCUAUUCACGUAGUUACUCUCCUAGGCCAAGGAGAAGCUCAAGGAGUUACUCUCGUAGUUACUCACCUAGGCCAAGGAGAAAGAGUUUAUCAUCUAAGGCAAGGAGAAGCUCAAGGAGGAGCUACUCACGUAGCUAUUCACCAAGGCCAAGGAAGAGUUACAAGAGAAGCUGCACUCGCAGUUUGUCAAGAAGCCCCAGUAGGAGUGUCUCCUAUUCCCCUAAGAAGCGUGGUCGAUCUCUUGAUAGUCACUCGUCAAGAAGCUACUCGGGAGAUAGUGCUCCCUCCAGAUCUAGAUCUCUUUCAAAAUCUGCCAGUCCAAGGUCUCGUUCACCGUCUACCUGACCUGAACUUGUUCUAUUGUAGCAUUGUAGAAUAAUCAGUGAAUGUAUUAUUUUUAGAAACUUGUCCAAAGCUGUAAUUUGAAUGCUUUACCAUGAACUUGUUGGUUUUCUAUUCAAGUCGUGGUUGUAUUUUGCUCAA